CAGGAGGAAACAUGGGGUAUUGAAUAUGGAAGUCAAAAUAAUGUUCUACAUAGCAGCACCCAGUUGUUUACCGAUAUAAAGAAGAGCUUGAAACGGUGCAGUGUUCUCAGUAAGAACCAGACUUUAUUCAAUUUGUUCAAGGUCUUUCAACGAGUUCUUAAGGCAUAUGCUACGAAGCUAUUUCUUAAGCUCCCAAAAGGAGGCACCGGUAUCGUUGCUGCAGCCACAGGCAUGGACGGACAGAUAAAGGUCUCGGACAGAGAUGAAAGGGUGAUAUGUCACAUAGUUAAUUCUUCCGAGUAUUGCCACAAAACCUGUGGUGAAUUGGCAGAAAAAGUAUCAGAAAUUGUUGACCCGCACUAUGUUGACGUUGUAGACAUGUCAGAGGUCCAGGAUGAAUUUUCCGCCGUCAUAACGAGAUCAUUGGUCACGCUGGUCCUUGGAAUCGAAACUAAAUUUGACGCAGAAAUGGCAGCGAUGACACGUGUUCCAUGGGGGACACUUGACAGUGUGGGUGACCAGUCUGGGUAUGUGAAUGGAAUAAAUACAAUUCUUAGCGGCAGCAUUCCUGUCCUCGGGAACCAUCUAACACCAGUUUACUUCCAAUUUUUCCUCGACAAGCUGGCAUCAUCCCUUGGACCACGGUUUUAUGCUAAUAUUUUCAGAUGCAAGCAACUAUCCGAAGCUGGAGCUCAACAGAUGUUACUAGAUACGCAAGCCAUGAAGACGAUUCUUCUAGAAAUUCCUUCACUUGCCAGACAGACUUCAACUGCUGCCAGCUACUCUAAAUUUGUGAGCCGUGAAAUGAGCAGAGCUGAAGCACUUCUUAAGGUCAUACUAUCCCCAAUCGAUUCGGUGGCAGACACUUACCGUGCACUCUUUCCAGAAGGAACUCCCAUGGAGUUUCAGCGCAUCUUAGAACUUAAGGGUCUUAAGAAAGCUGAUCAGCAGAGCAUACUUGACGAUUUCAACAAGCAUGGUCCAGGGUUCACACAGGCCUCUGUCUCAGCGGCAAUGCCACAACCGGUUCCAACCCCACCUGCACUGCCGCUGGCAAUCACUAAUCCGGCUACAGCAGCUGGGUUCAUAGCAAACAGCGAGGAUGUGUUGACGAGAGCAGCGGCUCUUGGCAGAGGAGCAGCAACCACUGGCUUUAAGAAGUUCAUUGCACUUACUGAAGCUGCCAAAGACCGCAAAGAUGGACCUUUAAGGAGACUCUUCAACGCCUGAUUUUUUUUUUUUUUUUCGAACUCAAUCUCAACCUCUGAAUAUGAAUCAGGCCUUUUCGUUUCUUGUAUAAUAAUGCAACUUCCAAUUACCACUUCUUUGGCAUUCGCCUCUUAUGUCAUAGUGUUGCAUCAA